AUGGAAAGUGCGGAUCGAGAUGACAAUAACCUAGCAGAAAGUGAAGUGGACACAGAGUCUGACGAACCUCCGCCAACUUCGUUGAGUAAAAUUGAACGAUCGUUGGGACAAAUCAACUGGUAUAUCAGGGAAGUCAAACUGGUAAGUCACUUAUUUUUAUUCUCUAUGAAUUGAUUUAGUUUAUAAGCUUAACAAUAGUUGUUAAAUAUUAGCUCUUAUUUUUUUAUAAUUGACAUCAUUCUUGUCGCUACUUUAAAUUGUCUUACUCACAUAUUGGAGGUUUAAUUUAUAAAACAUAUUCAGGAAUUACAAAACCUACACAACACAGAUGAUAUUCAAAAGACUAGGACAUUGGCGUUGGAGAGUAUCAGUCAGUCCAAUCGAUUGCUGAAAUGUUUAGAUAAAAGAGUAAGUUCAAGGACCUGAAAGUAGAAAAGGAUGUUAUUAUUGAUGAGCAUUCGAUUUAAACUUUUAUAAUAAUGUAAAGUAAAUAAAUAAGUAAAUGCUGUUUCUAGUAAAACCUUGCUUUUUUAGGACAGACGAGUCACUAGAGGAAGAAUUACAAAGUUGAAGAACAUGAAUUUCAAGCAUUCUACACGAUUACCCACGAUGGUUGAAGCUGAUGAAUCACCGAUGGAAGUCUCUAGCGAUCUUGAGGUUGAUUCUUCGAUUUCAGGACGACAUAUUGAUGUCCUCAAUGGAAAUACUUCUGUAACUGGUCAAAAAGAAGUCAGUGAAGUGGUGGAAUCGCUGUUAAAUGAUGUGAAUAAGACAAGUCUUGAAGGAGGUGACAAUUUGUCUUUAAAUAAUAAUGAUGGGAUUCUAAAGUCUUCAGAAAAUCAAGUUCAAAGACAAAAAGAAGUAGAACAGUCUAAUGAUAUUGAGGUGAAUGAAGCUGUCUUAGCUACAGAAACUGUUGAAAAACAAAUAGAUUCAGAAGUUAUUGGUAACUGCAUUGAAAUUACACAAAAAGUAAAUGAAGACUUGGAAAAUGUUGUAACGACGGAAAAACGGUUGGAUAAAUCAUUAGUAGGUAUCGCAGCUUCAAAGGCUUCAGAAGCCCAGGUUGAGAAUCCAAGCUCUAAUCUAUUACUGUCUAAUGAUACACAGAAUACACAAGUCUCACCUGAAACCCUGGCUUUGUUUAAUACUGAACCUGAUGAAGAAAUGGAUUUUGACGAUGAAGAAGAAUUCGACUCGGAAGAAAGCCUUUAUGGGGAUGAUUCGGAUGAGGAAGAAGUGGCAGAAGAAACACCAAGUCAAAAAGUGGCAGUAACUGAAGUCAGGGAAGGUAUCAAGGAUCUGAGUGUGGAAAGUCAGGAAAAGCAAGUCGAAGAAAGGGUAAGUUACACAAUAAUUGUUUUAUAGUAAUACAAUUUAAAAUUUUUUAAAGAUAUGCAUUAAUUUGGACUAAUUAUAAGAUGCCGUUGAUAAAUCCAUUUUACCUUUUUUUAGGUAUUGGAACCUCUGAAUCCGAUGAGUUUGUUCGGUAAUUCCUACCACAAUUCUUACGGUAGCUUACCGUCGAAUUCAUACCAAUAUUUAUACUCGGAACCGCCAGCAGAAGAAGUUGUGAACCAACAGGAAGAAGAAGUGAUUCCACCGAUUCAACCAAUAUUUACAGAUCACGCUUCUCUGCUGCAAUUUUUGAAAAAAGAAGAUUCAGGUAAGUUUGGUUUGGAUAACGCUAGUUGAACAUAAUAAUAACGUUUUAUAAUUUUUUAAUUUGGAAUAAACAAUUAUUUGUUUUAGGUAACAAUGCUGAUCAAAAUAACGUUAAAAAAGAGGCAGAAGCUAUUCAAAAAACAAGUGUUGUAGUUAAAGAAGAAGAAACCGAGCUUGUAAAUAAAGAUCAAGAUGUGGGUAAUGAAGAUGUCGGUCGAGAUGAGCAAAUGGAUAUACAUGAACAUACGAACGCUGACGCUACGAAUUCAGAAACUUUACAACAUGAGGAUACUGUAGAAAAGUCCAUUGAACCGAAGGUGGAAGAAGCGUCAAGUUCUGCAGAAGACAAUGGAAAGGAAGCACAAGCAGAACAUGUAGCAAGAGAAGCAGAAUCAGUUCGACCGGUCGAUAGAACUCUAAGUCUAAGAGAUCUGUUUGAUGGCGAAUCCAUAGUAGGAAAGGAAAUUGAAAAUGACGAAACUGAUAGUGAUUUCAACGACCAGUCGGAGACGUCAAGACUUUUGGCGCAAAAGGAUAGAGAGUUUGAAGUAGAUGAUCAAUAUAUUGAUGAUGAUGUUAUUGUUGUGGACGACGAACCAACGGGAGUAAAGAAAGAACUUCCAGAGUUGGCACAGUUCUUUGAAGAGAAGAAGUAAGGCUAAACUAAUAUCUCAUAUCUUCAAUUAUGAUUAUUGAAUGUAAAUAUGCUUGCUAUUCAAUUUGAUCUUUUAGGGCUCCAGAAGUAGUGACAGUGUCAUCCGAUGAGGACGUGAAUGUGGAAAUGUCACGGAAAAGGAAGUUUGACACAGAAUCAGAAUGCUCAGAAACCAGAAGAGCCAAGAAGCAGAAGUUAAAUCUGGAAGCCGUUUCGAAUGAAGAACAAGAGAUUCAGAACCGGAGACGGCUGGCAGUCAGAGAUGGCAAGGUGGAGGGAGUGCAGUUUGUGGACGACAUUUACGAAGCUGAAGGUCGGGAUUCUUAAUAUAAUCUUUUAUUGCUAUAUUGUCUUACUGGUUAUUCAUUCUAUAACGAUUAAAUUGUUUUUGAUAGUUAAAUUGGCGUUUUUGGAGGGUGAAUCGUCAUCAUGAUUUAAGUGUUUUGAAGAUUUUAUAUUUGACGAAAUAACUAGAGCUUUCUAAUAUAAUAUUGUUGUAGGGCUUAUGUUUUCUAAUCCUUUUUCGUUGUUUUAUGUUAUAUUUAAUUUCUUACAGCCAAAGGACUGCCUGUGGUCAAAUUGAUGUGCCUUGACGAAUACGAAGGAUUCAGAUUAGAAGCUCCCGAACAUAUUCGUUGCAAACUCAGGUACCAUCAAGCGGAAGCCUUGUCUUUUAUGUACAAGAUGCUGAUUAAUCACAUUGGCGACCAGAAGCAUCAAGGGGUUAUCCUUGGACAUUGCAUGGGUUUGGGAAAGACCAUGGUGUGUAUCUCGUUCCUGUACAUGAUGACAUUACACGAGAAGCUGAAGCAUCACGUCAAGAACGUUGUGAUCGUAUCUCCGUUGAGUGUGAUUCACAAUUGGAAAGAAGAGUUUGUCAAGUGGCUGCCUAAGGGUCAGGAAACAUUUUCUGUAAGUUGAGGGAACAAGUAUAGUGAGUUAAUAUACUUGUGUGUUAUGGUUUAAAAAUUAUUUUUACAGGUAAGUCUGAUCGAAAGUAGUGACUCAAAAGCAAAACGGCAUGAAAAGUUGCGUCGCUGGUACAAGGAUGAUAAGCCGAGUGUUGUUAUCAUGGGAUACGACUUGUUCAAAGGGCUGCAAGUCGAUCACCUUGGCUAUUUGAGUGGAAAUGGUACGUUCCAUCAGAUUAUUUCAACAAAUUAUUAACUCUGUUAACCUUUCAAAAUUUUAUGUGUUUGUAAAAUAAAUGUCUUCAGGGCCAACUUUUCUGAUUUGUGAUGAAGCGCACAUCGCCAAAAACCAGAAUACUCAGAUCUUCAGAGCCUUGUCUCAAAUCAAAACUAACCUCAAAGUGGCUGUCACAGGAACUCCGAUGCAAAACAACUUCAAAGAAAGUAAGUAAGACACUUAUUGAGCUGUUUUUUGUUUUACUUUGUGAUAAUAGAGUAAAAAUAGUUGUAAUAGUACUUUUUAGUGUUUAAUCUGGUCGAGUUAGUACGUGCUGGAGCUCUUGGAAGUUUUAAAGCAUUUGAAAAGUUAUUUGAGGAACCAAUCAAAAGUGGAUCUUGUGUCGACGCUAGUAUUGAAGCCAAGAAGCUGAGAUUCGAAAGAAUUUGCAUUCUGAAAGAGCGAAUGAGAGGAGUUCUUCAUGUAGGUACCUCUAUAACCCUGUUACACUUUUUAUAACGUUAUACUCAUAGUAUAUUAAAUAUUUUAUUAUAGUAUAGAGGAAUGGAGUUUUUGGAGGACCAGAUACCUCCGAAGCACGAAUAUGCUGUCUACUUGACAUUGUCACAAACACAAAUCGAGUAUUACCAGGAUUCUUGA